CUCAGUUCUCAUUCAACAGAGAGUAUACCAAAUCUUUUCUGCAUUAAAGUUACAGAAUUCUGGGCGUUUAGUUUUGCACAAAAAUGGCCAAUCUGUGGCCAAAUCUAAUCUGUGCAUUGGCUGUGGCAGUAGUCUUAUUAGCUAUCAAUGUAGCAGCUGAUGAUCACAAGCCUUACGCCUAUGCAUCUCCACCUCCACCAAAAUACAUGUACAAAUCCCCUCCACCACCACAUUACAGCUACAAAUCACCACCUCCAUACCACAAGGAAUCUCCUCCACCACCGCAUUACCGUUAUAAGUCCCCGCCACCUCCAUCUCCAUCACCACCACCUCCUUAUAUAUACAAAUCCCCACCUCCAUCUCCAUCACCACCCCCUCUCUAUGUCUACAAGUCCCCACCUCCCCCAUCUCCAUCACCUCUUCCACCCUACAUUUAUAAAUCUCCACCACCUCCCUCGCCAUCUCCUCUACCUCCUUACAGUUACAAAUCACCACCACCACCAUCUCCAUCACCUCCUCCACCAUACGUCUACAAGUCACCACCUCCUCCAUCACCAUCACCUCCUCCUCCCUACAUUUAUAAAUCUCCACCACCACCCUCACCAUCCCCUCCACCUCCUUAUAUUUACAAAUCACCUCCACCACCUUCUCCUUCACCUCCUCCUCCAUAUGUGUACAAGUCACCACCACCUCCAUCUCCAUCACCACCACCUCCAUAUGUCUACAAGUCACCACCUCCUCCAUCUCGAUCACCUCCUCCUCCCUACGUAUAUAAGUCUCCACCACCACCCUCACCAUCUCCUCCACCUCCUUAUAUUUAUAAGUCACCUCCUCCACCCUCUUCCUCACCUCCUCCUCCAUAUCUCUACAAGUCACCACCUCCUCCAUCUCCCUCGCCUCCUCCUCCUUACAUCUAUAAAUCACCACCCCCUCCAUCUCCUUCACCUCCUCCUCCAUAUGUAUACAAGUCACCACCACCACCCUCACCAUCCCCUCCACCUCCUUAUAUUUACAAGUCACCUCCACCACCUUCUCCUUCACCUCCUCCUCCAUAUGUAUACAAGUCACCACCUCCUCCAUCUCCAUCGCCACCACCUCCAUAUCUCUACAAGUCACCACCGCCUCCAUCUCCAUCACCUCCUCCUCCAUCUCCAUCACCUCCUCCUCCAUAUGUCUACAAGUCACCACCUCCUCCAUCUCCCUCACCUCCUCCUCCUUACAUCUAUAAAUCACCACCCCCUCCAUCUCCAUCACCGCCUCCUCCAUAUGUUUACAAGUCACCCCCUCCUCCAUCUCCAUCACCUCCUCCUCCCUAUAUUUACAAAUCACCACCGCCCCCAUCUCCGUCACCAUCUCCACCCUAUAUCUACAAGUCACCUCCUCCACCAUCCCCUUCACCCCCUCCACCUUAUGUUUAUAAAUCUCCACCACCACCAUCCCCACCACCGCCAUCCCCAUACUACUACAAAUCACCACCACCUCCGAAAUACUAAAAGCAAUCAUUAUGUAGUACUACUAAUCACCUUAUUAUGUGAUAAAAGGAAUAAUUGCUGCUCAUGAAGUAAUCAGAUACUUGUGGACGCGCUCUCUGCUUGCUUUUAGAAAAUAAGCUCUCUGUUUUUUUUUGGUUCCUACGGCCACUUGAUAUAUUAAUUAUAUGUAUUUGUGAUUUAUUUAGUUAAUGGAUCAAAUCAAUUAAGUA